AUGUCAAGUCAACUCAAUAACAACAUAGAUCUUGACUCAGAUCAACAGAAGGAUCAUGAACAAAAUGGUUCUAUAAUACCCAAUGAUACAAAUUCAAUUUCCACCAUACAAAAUAAUACAUCAAAUCAAAUAAACGAAUCAACUCCAGAUACUCAAUCAUCAUCAUCACCAUCAUCAUCGUCAUCACAGUCUUCACAGGCAAAGAAAAGUUUUAGAGAUAGAUUACUGAAGAGUCUGAUAAUACCUGAUAAUAAAGAUUAUGAUGAACUUCAUGAAAGAGCAAUGUCAUUAGAUCCGAUAAAUGGUGAAAAUACUCCAAGAAGUUUAAGAAAACGAGAAAUUGUUACUCAUUAUUUUGAAAAUGAAGGUAGAAGAUCAAGAAGUCGGACUCCUGAUGUUACAAGUACACCAAAUGGCGGUAAUGGUAAUGGUAAUGGUCAUCAUCAUGGUCAUAGUCAUUUAAUUUCAUCACCUGUACCUGAAAAACCAAAAUUAGUAUCAAAUAAUCCAAAUGUUCAAUUCAAUAGAACAAAUUCUAAAUUUAAUAUAAGGAUUAAAUAUCCUCAAUAUAAAUUAUUUCAAUUUAGAGAACCUUCACCAUUAGGUAAAGAUGAAUUUUUAGAAAUUUCUGAUCAUGAAUUAGAUGAUUUUAAUGUUAGUGAUGAAGAUCAAGAUUUAGAAGACUAUGAAUCAGAAGAUGAAUUACCUUAUAGAGGUGCAUUAUCAAAAGGAGAAUCACAAAAUAAUAAAACAUUACCAACAAGGAAAGAUCGAUUAUUAUUUAAAAGAUUAUUGAAAAAAUCUGAACCUGAUAGGAUAAGAAAUAAUAGUUUAAUUAUUAAUCAAGAUUUUAUUAAAAAUGAUCAUGAUUAUGAUUUGAAUGAAUAUCAACAAGGUUCCAAAAUAAAAUAUAUUCAUUUUAGAGAUUUUGAAAUUAAAACUUGGUAUACAGCACCAUAUCCUGAAGAAUAUAGUAAGAAUAAAGUUUUAUACAUUUGUGAACAUUGUCUCAAAUAUAUGAGUUCAAAAUAUAUUUUACAUCGUCAUAAAUUAAAAUGUGAUGUUUUCCAUCCACCGGGAAAUGAGAUUUAUAGAUUUAAAGAAAAUUCAAUUUUUGAAAUUGAUGGAAGGAAAAAUGUUAUUUAUUGUCAAAAUUUAUGUCUUUUAGCAAAAUUAUUUUUAAAUUCAAAAACUUUAUAUUAUGAUGUUGAACCUUUUAUGUUUUAUGUCCUUACUGAACAAGAUCCAAUUACAAAACAUCAUCAUUUUGUUGGUUAUUUUUCUAAAGAAAAAUUAAAUUCUACAAAUUAUAAUUUAAGUUGUAUUUUAACAUUACCAAUUUAUCAAAGAAAGGGAUAUGGUAGUUUAUUAAUGGAUUUUUCAUAUUUAUUAUCCAAAAGAGAAUUUAAAUCAGGUACCCCUGAAAAACCAUUAUCAGAUCUAGGUCUUUUAAGUUAUAGAAAUUUUUGGAAAGUUAAAAUUGCAUACACAUUGAAAGAAAUUUAUUCAAAUUUAUUUUUAAAUGAAAAGAAAAAUGAAUUAAAAAUUUCUAUAACACAAUUAUCAAAUAUGACGGGUAUGAUGACUUCAGAUGUUAUAGUUGGAUUGGAACAAAUCGAAGGUUUAUUAAGAGAUCCUAUAACUGGAAAAUAUGCAAUACAAAUUAAUCUGGAAUUAGUCGAUAAAGUCAUUGCCAAAUGGGAAGCUAAAGGUUAUGUUAAAUUAAAUUCUGAUGUAUUACUUUGGAAACCUGUUAUUUUCGGUCCAUCAUGUGGUAUUAAUCAAGUUGGAUCUUCAGUUGAUACUGCAGUCGCUAAGAUAGAGAAUGAAUUAGAUGAAGAUAUAAAAAUCCCAGAUCCUUUAAAAGAUAAUAUAUCGAUAUUGGCAAAUUUUCUUAAAGAUGAUUUAAAUGAUCCAAGACCAAUUGAAGCUCAAACUUUUCAAGAAAUUGGUGAUACUUUUAAACCAAAAGAUGAAGAUAUUGAUGAAGAUGAAGAUGAAGAUGACCCAUUAAGAAAUUCUUUAUUUUCAAGAGAAAAAUAUGAAAUUUGUGUUCCAGGUAUGGAUUUAAAUAAAAAAAUCAAACCAAUUCAUAAAAAGAAAGUUAUUAUAGCUGAUGAUGAAGAAGAUGAUGAAAAGAAAAUUGUUAUUAAGCCAUCAACUACAAAUGGAACUGUUAUUAGCACUACAAGUCAUGGAGAUGAAGAAGCUAGAAAUUCACUUAGAUCAUCACUGGAUGCUAUUUAUAAACGUAUGUCAUUUGGAUAUAAGAGUUCAGGUGAUGAUAGUUCAAGUGGUAGUGGAAGCUCAAGUGAUUACAGUGGUGAUAGUGAAGAUGGUGAAGAUGAGGAAGAUGAAGAUGAAGCAAAAGUUUUAAAUAAUGGAUACGAUAAUGAAAAUGAUAAAGAUGUUCAUAGUGAUGACAUUGAAGAUCUUGAAGAUGAAGAUGAAGAUGAAGAUUCAGAUGAUGUGGUGUUACUGAAAAGAGAAGUUAUGAGUGAUGGGAGAUAUAAAGAUGUUUCAUCAGAUGGAGAUUUGAGUGAAGGUGAUACAACUUUCCAAAAUGCAGUUGAUUUGAAAAAUCAAGGAUUUAGACAUAGUAGAAGAAUUCAAUCAAAGAAUCUGUCACAAUUACAAAAUAGGAGAAAUUUAAGAAGAAUAAACAAUUAA